AUGAGUUCAGCAAGAAGUAGUUCCUCAAGCAUUAGCCGUUCCUCAGGCAGUAGCAGUUCCUCAAGCAGUAGCAGCUCCUCGAUUAGUAGAAGCUUAUCACAUAGCAUCAGCAGAUCCUCAAGUAGCAGCAGUUCCUCAAGCAGUAGUUCCUCAAGCAGUAAUAGUAUCUCAAGCAGCGGUAGUUUCUCAAGCAUCAGCAGUUCCUCAAGCAGUAGCAGCUCCUCAUCCAGUCGUUCCUCAAGCAGUAGCAGUUCCUCAAGCAUCAGGAGUUCCUCAAGCAGUAGCAGCUCCUCAUCCAGUAGUUCCUCAAGUAGCAGCAGCUCCUCAAGCAGUAGUAGAUCGCCAGGCAGUGGCAACUCUUCAAGCAUUAGCAGCUCCCCAUGCAGUAGCGUCUCCUCAAGUAGUGGCUGUAGUUCUUCAAGCAGCCGUAGUAAUAAGAUAAAGUUCAUCGAGUUCCGGCAGCAGCAGCUCCCCAAGAAGCAGCAGCAGCAGUAG